UCCUGCCCGCCCGCCUCGGCGCCCCACCUCAGGAGUAGAAUAGGCUGCGUUCCUCUUGGAACGCGCCGCGGAACCAGAGUGCUGGUGACGAGUGCCGCGUUCGCCCCCUCGUUCCACUCCGCCAGCCCUCCACCACUGCGCCCCGCCAGCCCGCCCCUCUCCGGUGCCAGGAACUGACAGGCACCAUGCCCCACCAAUACCCAGCACUCACCCCGGAGCAGAAGAAGGAGCUCUGUGACAUCGCUCACCGGAUUGUGGCUCCGGGCAAGGGCAUCCUGGCUGCAGAUGAGUCCACCGGGAGCAUUGCCAAGCGACUGCAGUCCAUUGGUACCGAGAACACGGAGGAGAACCGGCGCUUCUACCGCCAACUGCUGCUGACCGCCGACGACCGCGUGAAUCCCUGCAUCGGGGGCGUCAUCCUCUUCCACGAGACGCUCUACCAGAAGGCCGAUGAUGGGCGUCCCUUCCCCCAAGUUAUCAAAGCCAAGGGCGGCGUCGUGGGCAUCAAGGUAGACAAAGGAGUGGUACCCCUGGCAGGAACAAAUGGCGAGACGACCACCCAAGGGCUGGAUGGGCUGUCGGAGCGCUGUGCCCAGUAUAAGAAGGACGGAGCUGACUUUGCCAAGUGGCGUUGUGUGCUGAAGAUCGGGGAACACACCCCUUCUUCCCUCGCCAUCAUGGAAAACGCCAACGUCCUGGCCCGUUAUGCCAGCAUCUGCCAGCAGAAUGGCAUUGUGCCCAUCGUGGAGCCCGAGAUCCUUCCUGAUGGGGACCAUGACUUGAAACGCUGUCAGUAUGUAACCGAGAAGGUGCUGGCUGCUGUCUACAAGGCUCUGAGUGACCAUCACAUCUACCUGGAAGGCACCUUGCUGAAGCCCAAUAUGGUAACCCCAGGCCACGCCUGCACCCAGAAAUAUUCUCACGAGGAGAUUGCCAUGGCAACUGUCACGGCGCUGCGCCGCACAGUGCCCCCUGCUGUCCCUGGGAUCACCUUCCUAUCCGGAGGCCAGAGUGAGGAGGAGGCAUCCAUCAACCUCAACGCCAUCAACAAGUGCCCCCUGCUGAAGCCAUGGGCCCUGACCUUCUCUUAUGGCCGAGCCCUGCAGGCCUCUGCCCUGAAGGCCUGGGGUGGAAAGAAAGAGAACCUGAAGGCUGCCCAGGAAGAAUAUGUCAAGCGAGCUCUGGCCAACAGCCUUGCCUGCCAAGGAAAGUACACCCCAAGUGGUAAGGCAGGGGCUGCAGCCAGCGAGUCCCUCUUCAUCUCUAACCACGCCUACUAAGCCGAUGUGUUCUAAGGCUGCCCCCUCAACACUCCAGGCCCCGUCCCCUCCCACACUCACUCUUGAAGAGAGGGGGCUUCAUCUGGGGCUCCAGGCUGCUCUUUCCCAUCACUCUUGCCUCCUUGUGACAUUGGUGCCUGGUGUUGUCUCUGUACGCUAACUCCACCGUUUCCAGCCUACUGCCAAUAAACAGCUAUUUAAGGGGGAA